ACUCUCAUCAGCCUCCAGCUCUCGCUCUGAGCGCCUUAUAACAGCAGUGCGCGUGUGAUAAGAGCGGAGCAGCGUGCGCUGCGGGAAGAGAGAGAGAGAGAGAGAGAGAGAGGGGGGGACCGGACCAGACCGAACUGGGUGCUCACGUCCACAGGGAAACCAAACGUCGUUGCCUGGUAUAAUUACACCAGUCGUUCAGAUCAAGUUGUCGGAUCUUUUCCUGGAUGUUGCAGCUCAUCUGUCAACCUGUGCAGUGAGGAAAUAUCCCGCCGAUUCUUCUGUCGUGAUUUCGGGUUUGGGUAGGCGACACAAAUCUCGCUUCAGUGGACGAAAGGCCCUAUGAUGGAUCGGCACCUCCCAGGAAAGACGAAAUGCUGGGAUAUUUAAAGUUAUAGUCAUCUUCUUUGUAGUGUAUUUAUAGACAAAUCGUUUGAACAAUAUCCUCUUGGGAGCCACGUAAGGAUUUUGUUUGCUAACCGAAACCCACUGACCAAUCGAUAGAAAUAACUAAGCUUUUAAAUUCAUUAAAGUUUCAUUAAAUACCUUAUUCUCAAAUUGUUAAGGUCAAUAGCCAUUAUCAAAUGCCAGGAGAGUUUCUAUCUGGUCUUUCACCUUUGAUAAGUCCAGUCAGAUCAGCCAAGAUUCCUCCUGCAUUGGUGUCUCUGGUGAGCUUUAGAUUGUAGAUAAGGUCAGGGUUAUAAUCCCCUCCAAACCUUUCCAGUCCAUAGCCGUGAUCCCAUACUUUUGCAACCAUUCGCCCCUCUCUUGCCAACGCAGUUCUCCCGUCCAGGCCCCGCUCCAGCCAGGCGCCAGGAAUGGCGCCUCAGGGGCGGGAUCACCUGGCCACACGGGAGUCUGCAGCACGUAGACGAAGCCCAAAUGUCCGCCACACACUCAGUCCUGAGAAUCUAAGAAGCUUAACCGAGCGUGGUGGGGCCGAGCAGGCUGGAGUGGGACUCCUCAGAGCCAACAGUGAUACGGACCUGGUUAGUUCUCAAGGGCGUUCCUCACUAACAGCAUCUACUUUAGAAUUCACCAUGGGCCGGGGACAGAAUUUGGUAAUCUCUUGGGAUAUCAAGGAAGAGGUGGAUGCUACAGACUGGAUUGGGCUGUACCACAUAGAUGAAACAUGUCCAUCAAACAUGUGGGACUGCAAGAACCGUGGAGUUAACGGUACACAGUGUGGUCAGAUCGUCUGGAGACUAGAGCCAGGGCCGUACUUUCUGGAAGCUGAGACAAGAAUCUCUUUCAAAUACUAUCAUGGUGUUAGUGGUGCAUUGAGAGCCACAACUCCCUGCAUCACAGUCAAGAACCCCAGAGCUUUGGCUGAUGGUCAAGGUGAAGGACAACAAACCUCAGACAACAGUCGGAAACUGGUCAGCUUUACUCUAUCAGACAUCCGAGCUGUGGGGCUGAAGAAGGGAAUGUUUUUCAAUCCAGACCCUUAUCUGAAGAUGAGCAUUCAUCCAGGCAAGAGAAGCUGCUUUCCGACCUUUUCCCAUCAUGGCCAAGAGAGACGAUCCGGCAUCACAACUAAUACUACUAACCCCUUGUGGCAUGGAGAGAAACAUACUUUUGUGGCUCUCAUGACAGAUGUGUUGGUAAUUGAGGUCAAGGAUAAGUUUGCCAAAAGUCGACCAAUUAUUAAGCGCUUCCUGGGUCAGCUGAACAUUCCGGUACAGAUGCUGCUGGAGAGACACGCAUCAGGGAACCAAUCACUGAGCUCCUCUCUGUGUCGACGGUUGCCCACUGAUCAUGUCAGCGGCCAAAUGCACUUCAAAGUGGAUGUAACAUCUAUAGGCCAAGAUGACAUUUCCCCUGAGACGAUUCUCGGAGCAGCCGCCUUCAAUGGAGCACCUGGAACCCCUUCAGAUGAUGAAGACCUGCCCCACCCUCUCCACAUCCGGUCAGCAGGCCCUUCCCCAACAGGCUCCCAGGCUUCUCACAGAAAUGGUGAAGGGAGCAGCUUACCCUCUCCAGACACAGAGAUCCACGGUGCCACUCUGGACAAUGAUGGCCCUUCUUUUCCUGACCUGCUUCAGCGUUCUUUCAGCGAGCAGCUAGAUGCUAUUGAAGCCCCUAAAGGCCCAGGAGAUAGACCUUUCGGGGCGGCUUCCCCCAAACUGCGUUCCAGCUUCCCCACACACACUCGCCUUAGCGCAAUGCUACACAUCGAUUCAGAUGAAGAUGAGGAGAGGUCUGGAUCUACAGAGAUUACAUUUAAUGGCGCUUCAAAAACUCAACAAAUCCUCUCAAAACCACCAGGGAAAAUAAAAAAACCUGUGCCAAGAGGCACUGUAGAGGAACCUCAAGAAACUAGGGUGGAGUCUGAAAAUGUAGAAACUGAGGUGAGUCCUGAGAUGGUGGCAAUGCCAAGUUCAGUGGCACCUCAGGUGGAAACCGCCAGCUUGCUUCAGAGGCAAGAGGGGGAGGAAGCGGGGGUUGAGGAUGAGGAAGAUGGAUUGGCACCCAGUGAGGAACUGGCAACGGAGGUCGAUAUCUCCUCAAUGGCAUCGGACAGCUGCACGGUCCCAGCAUCUGCUUCUCAGGAGGCAGAACAGGGUACAGAGGCAGCCAUUGAUCCUGGAGGAGAAGAUCUUUCAGAUGACCCAUCCACAACGUAUGAGGUCGCUGAGACUAUUGAGGAGACUCCUCCAACAAUAGAGGUAGAUGGGGGUGUGCCACCACCAGUAUCAGCCAAUGAGGAGGAAGAAUGUGAAGAUGUGACUGAGGACACAAUGUCUAGGAGGUGGAGCCUGGAGGCGACAGCAGGUGUGUCACAGGAGGAUGAGGAGGAGGAGUUAAUUCACUCAGUGGACGGAGAAUCUGUGGAUUCUGAGACCUUCGUUACAGAGACAGAAUCAGGUGUCCCUCAGAUAAAUGGAGAUCAGCUUGUUCAAUCUCUUCCAUCUGCGAGACAAGACAUCCACCGGUACCAGCGUGUGGACGAGCCCCUACCUCCCAACUGGGAGGCUCGUAUCGACAGUCAUGGCCGUAUCUUCUUUGUGGAUCAUGUGAAUCGUACCACCACCUGGCAGAGACCAACUGGUCCACCUGCUCCUCAAGGUCUGACUCGCUCCAGCUCCAUACUGCAGAUGGAACAACUCAACCGCAGGUAUCAGAGCAUUCGUAGAACGAUGACCAGUGAAAGAACUGAGGAGCAGACAGCAGAUGAACCGCCUUCUGAUGAUACAGACAUGUUGCCCCACUCCAUCUCAGAAUAUCGGAGAGACGGCAUCACAGGUCAUGCCAGCUCACGUUCUCGUCUGGCAUUAUUGCUUCAGUCACCCGGUGCAAAGUUCCUCUCCAGCUCUGACUUUUUCUCUGUUCUACAUUCGAAUUCUAGUGCCUAUCGUAUGUUCACAAGUAACACAUGUCUAAAGCACAUGAUCAGUAAAGUUCGGCGGGACGCGCAACACUUCGAGCGUUACCAGCACAACCGAGACCUUGUCAACUUCCUCAAUCUGUUUUCAAACAAGCAGCUGGAGCUGCCACGGGGCUGGGAGAUGAAACAUGACCAGACUAGCAAGCCUUUCUACGUGGACCACAACUGUCGUGCCACAACGUUUAUUGACCCACGACUGCCCUUACAGAACUCUCGGUCCAGCGGCCUGUUGGCUUACAGACAGCACCUGUCCCGCCAGCGCAGCCAUAGCGCAGGAGAUGUAGCUGAUGAUUCACGCUCCCCAAGUCCACCUGUCCAGGGCCGGUCAUCCAGAAAUAGUCAAUAUCAAGACCUGGUCCCUGUUGCCUAUAAUGAGAAGAUUGUUGCGUUUCUACGACAACCCAACAUUUUUGAGAUUCUGCAAGAGAGACAACCAGAGCUUGUCAGAAAUCACUCUCUCAGAGAGAAGGUUCAGCUCAUCCGAAAUGAUGGAGCGUCAGGGUUGGCCCGCUUGUCCAGCGAAGCGGACCUAGUUAUGUUACUCAGCCUGUUUGAAGAGGAUGUGAUGUCGUAUGUGCCACCCAAUGCCUUACUGCUAUCCAGCUACUCUCAUGCCUCCCCACAGAACUCCCCUGGAACUCCUAGAGCGAAUGCUCGAGCCCCUGCACCCUACAAGCGUGAUUUUGAGGCCAAAUUAAGAAACUUUUACCGUAAACUGGAGACCAAGGGCUAUGGGCAGGGGCCGGGAAAAGUGAAGUUGAUCAUUAGAAGAGAUCAUCUGUUGGAAGAUGCUUUCAACCAGAUCAUGUGCUAUUCCCGCAAAGACCUUCAGAGGAGCAAGCUUUAUGUCAGCUUUGUUGGAGAAGAAGGGUUGGAUUAUAGUGGUCCAUCCAGAGAGUUCUUUUUCUUGGUUUCUCGUGAACUUUUCAAUCCAUACUAUGGACUGUUUGAAUACUCCGCUAAUGACACUUACACUGUGCAGAUCAGCCCCAUGUCAGCCUUUGUAGACAACCAUCAUGAGUGGUUCCGGUUCAGUGGUCGCAUUCUGGGUCUUGCUUUAAUUCAUCAGUACCUGUUGGAUGCGUUCUUCACCCGGCCAUUCUACAAAGGUCUUCUUCGCAUCCCAUGUGAUCUCAGCGACCUGGAGUUUCUGGAUGAGGAGUUCCACCAAAGUCUGCAGUGGAUGAAGGACAAUGACAUUGAGGAUAUGUUGGACCUCACCUUUACAGUCAACGAGGAAGUGUUUGGACAGAUUACAGAGCGUGAACUAAAGCCAGGUGGGUCUGGCAUCCCUGUGUCAGACAAGAACAAAAAGGAGUAUAUUGAACGCAUGGUGAAGUGGAGGAUUGAGAGGGGUGUGGCCCAGCAGACAGAGAGUCUUGUGCGAGGGUUCUACGAGGUGGUGGACGUCCGACUCGUCUCAGUGUUUGACGCACGAGAGCUGGAGCUGGUUAUUGCUGGAACAGCAGAGAUUGACCUGUCAGACUGGAGAAACAAUACGGAAUACAGAGGAGGUUACCAUGACAACCACAUAGUGAUUCGAUGGUUUUGGGCUGCAGUGGAGCGUUUUAAUAAUGAACAAAGACUACGGCUCCUUCAGUUUGUUACAGGGACAUCAAGCAUUCCCUAUGAGGGGUUUGCCUCCCUGCGGGGCAGUAACGGCCCACGUCGAUUCUGUGUGGAGAAAUGGGGCAAGGUCACCUCCCUCCCACGGGCUCACACCUGCUUUAACCGCCUGGAUCUCCCUCCCUACCCGUCCUUCUCCAUGCUUUAUGAGAAGAUGCUCACAGCUGUGGAGGAGACCAGUACCUUUGGUCUGGAGUGAGCUCUCGUCACAGCCAAAGUGCUGUUGAAUUUUUUCCAGUUCACCGAAGCCUGGCUCACCAUGCAGCUCUCCUUGCCUUUUCCUCAUCUUUCACGUUUCAUUAUGGCGUCUCUCACCAGACACUUCCAUUACCGUUUUGUCUAAAGAUCUGGAAUAUAUGCCAUCAAAUGACUUACUGGACAAGUGCCAACUCCUGAUCCUUAUACUGUUUGAACUUAGUACUGAAUGCCAACUGUGAUAACUGUAUUCUAAUCCUCACAAAGACUUGCAAACCUGCAGUCACAGACAUCAGAGCUGGAGUCUUGAUCAUCUAGUUUUAGUGUUAGAUAUGGUCAAAGAUCUGGUCAAAAUCAGUGCAUUUGAGUUGUAGGACUCUGUGUUCUUUUUUCUACGGUUACAGACAGAGUCGCUUUCCUAAAGUCCAAAGAUGUUAUAUAACAGUAAUCUAGUCACUUGAGUUUAGCCGGUUUCAUGUCUCCAGGGUUUUAAGGGAAUCAUCUAUAAUAGUUAUUGCUGCAGUUCUUAUGAUGGUCAGUUUAAAGUCAAGAAGGACUUUUUGUGCCUCCGUUUUGCUGGUUUGACUGCUGGGAAUUAUUUCUAAUUUGGGUUUUUGGUUUUCGAAAGGUCUGAUUUAGGCUUUUGCCAUUGGUUAGGUUCUGGGUUGUUAUAUUGAUCUUGGCUGCAGCUCUGAAACCACAUCAACUCAAUUUCAUACUGUAAGCGAAUGAAAACGUACAAGCAGCAUGCACACUCUCAUACAGUGAUCUUUGCACCAAAUGUUGUAGCGUAGUGUAAAAAGAUCUGGGCUGCAAAUCCAAAGGCCCUGGGUUCAAAUCCUGGCAAGGGCCACCAACAUACAGAUCAACACAUCAACAAUGUGCCCUUAAAGGGAUGUUUCACCCAAAAAAAAUUUUUGUCAUCCUUUAUUCACCCUCAUGCCGUUGAAAACCUGUAUAUGAUUCUUUUUCGAGAAAUGUGGUUUAGCGUCCAUACAAUGGGAGUCGAUGGAGGCCAGUGAUGUUUGGUUACCAACGUUCUUCAAAAUUCUUUCAUACAGGUUUGAAAAGACAUGACAUUGAGUAAAUGAUGAAAGAAUUUUUAAUUUUAGGCGAACUUUCCCUUUAAGCAAGACAUUUUCCCCAGCUCUAGGGUGACUGUAAAUGUAUUGUAAUUUACUUUGGUUGGACAACUUUUUGGUGUCGUUCUACUAAACAGAAUACGAAUACAAACACACACAGUACUUUGUAGCACACACACACACAUCUCAAUUUGCUUCUUUUACGAAACUCACAUAUGUUACCUAAAACAACAAUGAAUGUAUAGAAACACUGAUCACCAUGUGCAGUGUGCAAGUGCAGCAAAUAUAUGUUUAUUAGGAAAAGUAGAAUAAGACUAAGCUUUAAUAAUAGACAGAAUGUUGUGGCGACAGACACAAACAGUGGCCUUGAAAUUAUAUUCACUAAACUGGGUACAGCUAAUGUUUUGAUGUGUGCAGUCCACAGCCUUAACCAGGGCUGCCAUAGUUAAAACCACUGCUGGCUUGAGUUUCUUCUGCUAAGGAAAGAGAAACAAAGGUAAACAAUGGAUUACGUAACUGUUUCAGCACGUGUAGGCCAGAGAGACAAAUUGUAACAUGUCCACAAGUGGUAUGAUGUGUUUUAGAAUUUGCUCUUCAUGACAUCUGUCUUCAGGAAUAGCUAAUUUAAAGAAUCACAGAUUGAAGAUUCGGUUAAUAUAACAUUAACCUGACUUUUAAAACAAAAGUUCCUCACUUUUUGGGUGACAAGUUGAACACCUGGUUUACAGACAUACACGCUCCUUCUUUGUUACUUGUCCACAUUUCAAGCCCCCACAAACACACCCAGCAAUAUACAAACUCAUUCAUUCGCACCACGCAAAUACUCUUCCGGCAAAACCCAGAUCAUGGAUAUGGAUUCGUCUCAAAACAGCUACUUUCUCUAUGUAAUUGAUCUUUGGAUAAAAAAUGCAUGCCGGGUCAAAAACGCAGUACCUUGGUCUGGUCCUUAGAUGGCGUUGUGUCAUAGCUUGAUAUUGCAUGCUGGAAUUAGUCAAACAACAGGAGUCCAGAUUAGCUUUAUUUGCAUGAGAAGUUGCUGUUAUUCAGGGGUGGGGGACAAAAAUUAAGUAAUGUCACUUCCAUGCUUUUCAAAAUUCAUAUGUGCUGUUGUUUAAACUUUAUGGACUCUGAUCGAGUAAAAUGCUGAUGAAAGAGCCAUCACUUGACUACAGUUGGUGAAAAUGUAAACCUGCAUGUUUUCCAUGAUGUAUCCAUAUUUGUAUAUAGCUGUAAUAUAUGUAUGUCAGUCUCGUCCUGUGUUUAAAUUAUAUUUUGCACUGAAUGUACCAAAGGUGUGCGGAAUGCUGUCUUUUGUCUUUUUGCACCCUCGUGUCAUUCAAAAUGUGUGAAUGACUUUCUUCUGCCCUACACAGAAGAAGAUAUUUUAUAAGUUUCUCAGUGGUUUUGUGUCCAUCGAUGGAUGUCAAUGGGGACCAA